AGCAACAACUAGCAGCUGCAUUAUACAUACAGGCACCAGACCGCAUAAACAGCAGGGCAAAACCCGACAGAGUCAGUCGGAGUGAAAACACACUCAGAGACACAUCGUAGAUACAAGACACCAGACCCGAGGACAGUCUUGACAGCAUCAAGAGGUUUCAGCAACACUCCACAGUGUUCUGUAAGAACCGACAUCGAGUGGCAGGCGUAUGAAAAAUAGUGGCGCCAGUGCUAAGAGCUAGGGAGUCUAGAAGAGACAGAAGCAGACACAUGAAAGCUGAAAUACUUGACUCAACAGGCAGAGACUGAGAGAGUCAAACAUGGCCCAAACCACUACAGAAGAAAUGCCACGGCUUUUCCCAAAAAUGUCAAUGAGCGAGGUGGACGAGAAGGUCCGUCUCAUAGCGGAGAAGGUUUACGCCUCUGCACUGAAGGAGGAAGACACCAAAGAUGCCAUGGCACUGUUCACCGUGCCGGAGGACUGUCCCAUCGGUCUGCAUGAGGACAGGGAGAGGGCGCUGCAGAAGGAGCUGGCUGAGCAGCACUCUCAAGAGUCUGCUAAGAAGAAGAAGAAUUUCAUGUUGAAGCGUUCGCACUCGAUGUCUUUGUCCGUCAGCACUGACUGGGCCCUGUCUCUGGUUUCUCCAUUGCUCUCCCCAACUAUACCUGAACCUUGUCAGCCAGAGAUCUUCCCAGACUUCCAGAGGGUUACCAUUAGCGGAGAUUACUGUGCAGGGAUCACAGUUGAGGAUUACGAGCAGGCGGCCAAGAGCCUCCUCACGGCACUGUUCAUCAGAGAGAAGUACUCCAGGCUGGCCUACCACCGCUUCCCCAGGACCACUGCCAAAUUCCUGCACAACGCCAGAGACGAGGAGUGGCGGGAGGAGGAUGAGAUCUUGCCAGACAUCUGGCCUUACCCUCAUGAAGGGGAGGACCCGUACUCCAUGGAGGGUAUUCCUGAGGACCUGAACUACAUGCUCCAGAUGAAGGAUGGCAUAGUACAUGUUUACGACAACGCAGAGGCCCUGAAACAAGAGCAACCCCACAGCCUGCCUUACCCCGACCUUGAGACCUUUGCCAUAGACCUGAGCCACGUCCUUGCUAUGAUAGCUGACGGCCCAACGAAAACCUACUGUCACAGACGGCUGAACUUCUUAGCCUCUAAAUUCUACCUUCAUGAAAUGCUGAAUGAAAUGGCGGAGCUAAAAGAGCUGAAGAGCGUUCCACACAGAGACUUCUACAACGUCAGAAAGGUGGACACACACAUACACGCUGCUGCUUGCAUGAACCAGAAGCAUCUGUUGAAAUUUAUAAAGACCACUUACCAGACGGAGGCAGAUCGCGUGGUCCUGGAGAAAGGCUGUCAGAAGAUCACACUCAAGGAAGUCUUCAACAAUCUCAACAUGGAUCCCUACGACCUCACCGUUGACUCGCUGGACGUGCACGCUGGAAGACAAACAUUUCACCGGUUCGACAAGUUCAACUCCAAAUACAACCCUGUGGGAGCCAGCGAACUGCGAGAGAUCUACUUGAAAUCAGACAACUACAUCAAAGGAGAAUACUUUGCACGUCUCGUCAAGGAAGUGGCUGCCGAGCUGGAGGAGAGUAAGUACCAGCACGCCGAGCCGCGUUUGUCGAUUUACGGCCGCUCAACCAGCGAGUGGGAGAGCCUGGCCACCUGGUUCAUCCAGCACAAAGUCCACUCACCUAACAUGAGAUGGAUGAUCCAAGUUCCCAGGAUCUAUGACAUUUUCAGGUCAAAGAAAUUGGUACCACACUUCGCUAAGAUGCUGGAGAACAUUUUCCUCCCCCUCUUUGAGGCGACGGUCAAUCCACAGAAGCACAAAGCAAUACAUAUAUUCUUAAAAUACGUGACAGGGUUUGACAGUGUGGAUGAUGAGUCGAAACACAGUGACCACAUGUUCUCUUACAAAAGCCCAAAGCCUGAGUCGUGGACCACAGACGACAACCCUCCCUACACCUACUACCUGUUCUACAUGUACGCCAACAUCAUGGUGCUGAACAACCUGCGCAAGGAGCGAGGACUGAACACCUUCCAGUUUCGUCCUCACUGUGGUGAAGCUGGCUCCAUCACCCACCUGGUCUCCGCCUUCCUCACAGCUGACAACAUCUCACAUGGACUCAACCUCAAGAAGAGUCCAGUGUUGCAGUACCUGUACUACCUGGCCCAGGUCCCGAUCGCCAUGUCCCCACUGAGCAACAACAGCCUGUUCCUUCAGUACUCUAAGAACCCUCUGCGAGAGUUCCUACACAAAGGCCUGUGUGUGUCACUGUCCACCGACGAUCCCAUGCAGUUCCACUACACCAAGGAGGCUCUGAUGGAGGAGUAUGCCAUCGCCGCCCAGUUGUGGAAGCUGAGCACCUGUGAUUUGUGCGAGAUAGCCAGGAACAGCGUGCUGCAGAGCGGCCUCUCACACCAGGAGAAGAAACACUUCAUUGGUUCCAACUACCUCCAGGACGGACCAGAGGGCAAUGACAUUCGGCGGACAAACGUGGCACAAAUCCGCAUGGCCUACCGCCACGAGACUCUGUGCAAUGAGCUCAGUUUUCUAGUGGACGCAGUGAAGACAGAGUCUGGCUGAGUGAUUGACUACACCAGCACAUACUGUGCCUGGAUAUGUCCUCAGGGAUAAAGGGACAUAGGUUACACAGCAUUUGCAAUUUUUUAAGAGACAUUUUCAUACAAAAAGGGGGGUUCUUAGGAUUUUAAGUUGACCUUACUGUAGUAUGAUAAAACUUGACCUUCAGACUGUAUUCAGAGCUGUAUCUAUGAACUUUGCCAAUUACUGUGUGCCUCAUUUUAAUGGGAUAGAGGUUUAUUUUUCUUUUGAAGGGUGUGACGUCUACUUGUGGAUUUGGACGUAUGAAAACCUGAGUUAGAAUGGACACAUUUAGAAGCAGAUUAUAAAAUUAUUUACACUGAAAAAGAGAAAAAAAAAGGUUUCCCAAAAGUGCAAAAUUACCACUGUUUGGUUAAUUAUUGUUUUGUAUCACUUUAGCAUAUAUGCAUGUUUCGUAGUCCACUGCAAGUACAGUAAAAAAUGAUUAAGCCUGCAGUCAGAUUUGUUUUUUUGCACAAUGAAUUUGUCAAUUGCGAGAUUUUGACUGUAGUGAAUGAGAGGUCAGGCAAAUAUUCACAGAGACAGUUGCAGGUGUAACUGAGCUUUUAAGUCAGUUUUGAGAGAGCACUGUUAAACUCACAACUGUGAAAAGACUUAGAAAAGUUUUCUUUUUUAUUCUUGUUUGUCAUUUGUCAUAGAUUUUCAUAUGUAAAAUAAAGACUGCAGAACAGUCAAGAA